CAGCACUCCCUGCUCUUUCCUGACAUUAGUAAAUCGGCCAGACUAUGUAGUUAGGGUAUAAUUUAACAUACUGCUGUCUUUACAGACAUAUCCGAGAUCAAUAUUCCCUUUCCGGACACAAUUAUGACGGAUUGUGACGUACAUGUGUCGUUUAAGUUUCGUUUUGACGAAUUUAAAUGGCAUUUCGUCGGAAGUCGAAAUCCAAUUGGUUAGAUUCAGAACAGCUUCUGGGUUGCGUGUUAGUCGUGGAAUACAGCUGGGGAGGACAUCCACAUUACCUUUUUGCAUGUUUGGAAAUAAAGUUUUGCGAGAAGGAUGCCGCGGAAAACGCUGAAUGAAAACCAUCAGAUAGGACUCGACUUUAUCGAGUUCCUGGGCGAAAGUAACCGACGGUCUGUGAAAGUCCGUAAUGACCUCAAGGCUAUAUAUGACAACGAGUUUAGGGACAGGGAUGCUAGAGACUCAGGUUUUUCCAGCAUUCUCUACGCACUCGCCAAAGCAAACAAAGCCCGUAUUAAAGGUGGGCAAGUGCAUAUCAAUCCAAAGGUGCGAUUGGUGGACCAGUGGAGGCAACCGCGCACUCCCCCCGCCUCCCCGCCACCUUUGGCCAAUGGCGUGGCGGCCCCAGGUGCCCCCCCUGAGCCAGAUUCUGGCGUCAGGGCCCGGAGAAAGCUGGCCGCCAGCCUCCUCACCAGAAUCAGUCGGAACAGGUCAGAGUUCACAGCAGACAGAGGGGGCGUGCGGAUCUCCUCCGACCAGCCGGAGUGCGACGGCAAGAUCUGCGUGAGCGUGCAGAGCACGGCGGUGUGUGAGGUGAAGCUGUGUGUGGAGAACACGUCGGACGGCGCCGUGGCGUUCACCUACUACUCUCUGCUGCACUGGAUGCCCUGCUUCAGCCUGGAGGACCCACGCAGGGUCACCCGCGCAGCACCCCUGCAGCUGCAGCCAGGUGACCAGUAUGGAGUCACGCUGAAGUUCAAGUCCAGCCAUGUUGGCUUCUACUGUGGCACCCUGGUGUUCGAGUUCAGGUCGUCACCACCUGUGGAGAGCAAGCCCUUCCACCUGGUGCGCUUCAUCGAGGGGCAGCACACCUCCGCUCUGACAGAGGCCCUGGCCCCCGUGUCCCCCUACAGGCCCUGCAGAGUCACUGCAAGCCAGCCCGUCGACUCCAGGGUGGAGGAAGGACUACGCCCAGCCAGUAUGAUGGUUCAGAACCUCAAACUGGAGCUGCCAUUAAGGGACUACAAGGUUCCUCCUUACAUCACUGACUUCAUUUUGUUCCUGAAUCACCGUGGAUGUGUGUACAUGGACAAGUUCCACGCCCUGAAAGCCCUGCUGGAGUCUCCGUUGAGCUUUGAGAACUACACAGAGCGCUUCCGGCUCCUUCUGCAGCUGGAGGAGACUCAGAUGCAUGUGGACAUCCGGACAUAUGACAUGAAGGACGCUGCCAUGGUCAGAGACCCCAACAACAAAAAACUUCUGAGGCUCCAGGUGCCUGGAGUUGCUGAAAACCGUCCCUCUGUCCUCAGGGGGGACCACCUCCUGGUCAUCAAGUCUAAAGAGCGCCACCUAGAGCCGGUAACCAAACAUAAGGGCUACGUGCACCGCGUGGAGUGUGAAGAGGUCAAGCUGGGAUUCGGAAAGUUGAUGUCUGGUUUCUUUGAUGGCAUGACCUUUGAUGUGGAGUUCACUGUGAACCGCCUCCCUGUGAGGCUACAGCACAGAGCUGUGGAGCUGGCCGUCCAACACGACCUACGUGACCUGCUCUUCCCCACAGGGUCAAAGGUCACGACCCCUGCAGAGCUACCCAGACUCAGGCUGUUUGACAGUAAGCUGGAGAAGAACCCUGAGCAGUACAGUGCAGUGCAGAGCAUGGUGGCUGGCGUCUCCAGACCAGCGCCUUACCUGCUGUUUGGACCUCCUGGUACCGGGAAGACCGUCACCAUGGUGGAGGCCAUCAAACAGCUGUAUGGUUCUCCGUCCUGCUCCCACAUCCUGGCGUGUGCCCCCUCUAACAGCGCUGCUGACCUGCUGUGUGAGAAGAUUCUAGAACAUGCGGACGCUCACCUGGUCUACCGCAUCUACGCCAGCAGCAGAGACCCACGACACAUACCUCCACUGGUCCUGGACUACUGUAACUAUGACGGCGAGGACUUUGUGUUUCCCACCAAAGAGGAGCUGAUGGAGUACAAGAUCCUGGUGACCACUGUGGUGACGGCCGGACGGCUUGUAAGUGGCGGUGUGCCUAUGGGCCACUUCAGUCACAUAUUUAUAGAUGAAGCCGGCCACGCUCCCGAGCCUGAGAUCAUUAUCUCUGCGUCAGGGCUACUGGACCCUGAGUCGGGGCAGCUGGUUCUGGCCGGAGACCCCAAACAACUGGGCCCCGUCCUCAGAUCCCCCAUCGCCAAGAAACACGGCCUACAGUUGUCUUUGCUGGAGAGACUGAUGAAGGACAACCCUCUGUACCAGAAGGACGAGACGGGCCACUACAACAGUCGCUACGUCACCAAACUGCUCCUCAACUACAGAUCCCACAGGAGCAUCCUGAAGGUCCCGAAUGACCUGUUCUACGAGGGAGAGCUGGUGGCCUGUGCUGACGAGUUCUCCACGCAGAUCUACUGCAACUGGGAACAUCUACCCAAGAAGGGCUUCCCGGUGAUCUUCCAUGGAGUGAUCGGGAAGGACGAGAGAGAAGCCAACAGCCCGUCCUUCUUCAACCGAUCCGAGAUCGAAGUUGUCGUCGGAUACCUGAAGAAGCUGCUGCUGCAGCCCCAGGGCAAGAAGGGCGUGGCCCGCAUCGCACCCAAAAACAUCGGCAUCAUCGCCCCCUACAGGAAACAAGUGGAGAAGAUCAGACAGGCUGUUGGGAGGCAUGACCAAGAGCUGAAGAACAUGCUGGGCAUCAAGGACCUGAAGGUGGGCUCAGUAGAAGAGUUUCAGGGUCAGGAGAGAAGGGUGAUUAUAGUGUCAGCUGUACGCAGCAGUGGAGAACACCUGUGCUUCGACGAGAAGUUCAACAUCGGCUUCCUCAAGAACGAGAAGAGGUUUAAUGUGGCCAUGACACGCGCCAAAGCCCUGCUAAUCGUGGUGGGAAACCCCAUUAUCCUCAGAACAGACGCUACCUGGGGCAGGUUCCUGGAGUACUGCACCAGUGAAUUGGGGUACACUGGAUAUGACUACAGCAGUACAGAGGGAGCAGAAGAGGUGAUGGCUCGCCUGGCUGCUCUCAACCUAGACACCCAAGACACAUCCGUGGACACCGGGGCGAGUGUUGUGCAGCAGGUGUUGGACCCCGAGUGGAGGAAUGAGCAGUAGUCUGAGUGUUCAAGUUGCCUUCAACACACACACACACACACACACACACACACACACACACACACACACACACAGUCCACACAGAGGGUUUCAACUGCCUCACCUCCGUCACACCCAUGAAUUGGCACACAAGACAAACACAUGUAAAACAGCAAACAUACAAACAACGCAACACACGCGACAAACGCAACACAAGCAAAUACCAUGCACACACAGCGACAACACACACGCAAACGCAACACACGCACAACUGCAACACAUGCGCAAACGCAACACACGGGCAGACGCAACACACAUGCAAACAUAAGCAGCACAAUUACACCUUUAAACACAUAACACACACACACAAACCUAAACACAACACAACACAAUCCAGUAAAGGUACCCAAUCCAACCCAAUUCAGAAAGAAAAACACACUGUGGUCGUGAUUACAUAGUCACACACACACACACACACACGCACACACACACACACACACACACA